AUGGUAUCCAGCGGCCGUUCUACCCCCAGAUGUUCGCACCUAUCAACAUCACGACAUGGUAUCGUAAUAGAUCCAGAACUCACCCUUCCUCAGCAUGUGCAACUACAUGCAGUCGACCCCUAUGGAGUGAACAUGACUUGGCAGCUUCCAGCUAAACAUUACAACCCCCUUACUGGCUACACUAUCGAAUGGAUGCUUGAGGAUUAUUGGCAGGAGAGGUUGCUGCCUCCAUCACGGCUCUUUUACACUUCCUCUCGACUUACACCAGGCCAGUCCAUUUCGGCUGCAGUUCGUGCACACAAUCUCCCCAACACUUCCAUGAUAUUCGAUUACAUCGGUGAGCGUAGCACACACAUAACAGCCACUACGCCAACGCGGUAG